AUGUCGCUAUCAUUUCGUCGUGGAGUCCAUACUCGCAAAUUUGCCCUCGCCUUGCCCGGCCAAGGAAUCGUCAGAAGCGGGUUUCUUGCUCCCUACAAAAAGUACCAGCACCAUUUCCAACAGCAUUUAGAGAUUGUUGAUGAGGCUCUUGGAGAAAAGUUUAGUGAGAAUCUCUUUAACGAGUCAGAGAGCUUCUCGCGCCAAUGGCUUCUUAAAACAUCCAACGCCCAGCCGGCGAUCCUCACAACGACUUAUGCCAUCCUUGAGAUCAUCAAACGAGAGUUGUACAUUGAUCUUGCUGCUAGAGCCAGCUUUUUAUUGGGCCAUUCUCUCGGCGAGUACACUGCAUUAGCUGUAGCGGGAAUUAUUGAUUUGCCCACAGCAGUGAGGUUAGUGCGGAAAAGAGCUUUGCUAAUGGAAGAAGUAGUCGCUAGCGAGCGCGAAAAAAAUAUCGCGAAACACACCGACACAUUGAUGAUCCGCCCAACUCUGUUUGAUACUGUAAUUGUGCGGGCUCGUCAGAAGGGAAUUCUCGCGAACGUCAAUUCUCGCCAGCAGAUUGUGGUGUCUGGCCAGUUGCAACUUUUGCAACUGUUUGUAGCGGAAAUUAAUAGCGAUACGAAAUUAGUACUACGGGCAGUCAAAUUGCCCGUAGAGAUCCCCUUUCACAACGAGUUACUCCAGCCGGUGGUGCAGCCGCUUCGAGAUGAGAUCUAUAGCCACAAAGUGCGGGAGCAGCGUGUUCCCAUAAUACUGAAUCUAACGGGAAAGCCGUCGUACGACCAUCACGGGACCAUAGCCAAUACGCUAGAAGCAAAUUACAGACCCGUUCAAUGGGUGGACUCGCUAGAAUAUUUAGUGGGCGCUGGUGUCUCUACAGUGGUAAAUGUGGGGCCGGGUGAGGUUCUCCAGGGACUCAAUCUGAAGUUUGCGGUGGACAAUAUUAGCGUAGAUAUGCCUGAGAGUUUCGAGAAGGUGCGAGAGUUCUUCAGCAUUCAAGAGUAA